CAGAAUGGAUGCUACCAAUCUUUACUCAAAAAAUAAAUAAACAGUUCGAAACUACCCGAUUUGCAUCUUCAAAUUAAUAAAAUUAAAAGCAGAAUUUUACAAGUACUAUCUGAUGUUUGUUAUCAUUUUCUCUAGUACUAAGCCAAAACUGUACCGAAAAACUAUGUUUUACAAUACAAGUUUGGCACGCAUUGAUGACCCUUCCGUAAUAGCCAACCUACACUUAAAAUACGAUGGAAAGCAACGUUUAAUUUUUAGUCAAGCUGAACAUAUAUUUUCGCAGGUAGUCGUAGUGAGUGGUCGGAAGUAAUAUAAAAGUAAGGAAACGAAAGAAAAAACUGGAUUUUGUUAAGUCUUUAUAACCCUUCAUUUUUAUACAAUGUUGGCAGAGGUGAGGUUAGGAGGUUAGUUGAGACAGCAGACAGGAGAGGAGAGGUUGAGAAGGCAGAAAGUUGUUAUUAUUAAUAAAAAAUUGUCUGUACUGUAGUGUGGAGUGCAGUUAAAUGUUUGGCCGUUGUCUUCGUCACUCGCGACUGGGACUCUUUCGUCCAAGCUCCCGGUCUAUCACUGGCAUGGGUGACGUCAUCGUUAUCAAGAAAAGACACCGGCUUCUCCCACACAUGGAAAGCUUGCCCUGCAACCUAUGAUGUGAGCUUCUCCUGGAUUUUUCUUGGGUUGUCAACUGACUUGUGCGCAGAUUCAUAUUUGAUGUCUUCUUCGGCUAGAAAUGAGUGGAAACGGUGUAAAAGGAAAGUGAUGAAUGAGUUGUUGCAAGAUGAUGAUGAUACAACCUUGCAGACCCUUUCCAAACGUCCAGCUGUUGCAAGCCAGUUACAUUUCUCGUCUGCUGCUGAUGUCAGACUUUCAGAAUCAGAUGAUCACUUAUUAGAAUUUUCCAGUACUACUGAUAGUGCUUCAUCAGUUUGUGCAGCACCUAGCUUGGCUUCUACCCUCCAAAGUAAAUGUGAUAAUAAUGAAAGGUUUGAUGAACGGUUUGACUUUGACAGUCUUGCUGAUACUUUUGACUUUGAUCACAAUGAUGUAGACAACCCAUUUCCUAAUGAAGACUUAAAUAAUUUGAGAUCAUUGUUUGAAGACGAUCCUAAAGAUACUGAAGACACAGCCUUACGAAGUGAUCUUGUUGUGUGGGCUUUAGAGCAUAAAAUUGGAAGAAAUGCAUUGACGGACCUUCUCCAUAUUCUCAGAGCACACAACCACCCCAAUCUCCCCCUGUGUUCUAAAACUCUUUUAAAGACCCCACGCAGUACUGUUAAGAUGUUCAAAACUCUUGGUGAUGGACUGUUCUGGUAUUAUGGCAUUCUUGUCAAUUUGGUACCAAGGCUCACUGAAGGAUUUUUGGAGAAGUUAAAUGGAACAAGUAUUGCAAUUGACAUUUUUAUUGAUGGUGUCUCCCCCUAUAAGAGUGUUAAGAAAGUGUUGUGGCCCAUCUGUGCUAGCUUGGCAGGAAGCAAGGACAUUUUUAUAAUUGCCAUGUGGUGUGGACGAACUAAGGAGCCGAGUGAUCUCUCUUUGUUUUUAGAGGAUUUCCUUUCUGAAGCUAAGGAACUAAUGUUGGGUUUUACCCAUCUUGGUCGUAACUUAAAACUGGUUUUAAGAAACAUAAUUGCAGAUGCUCCGGCUCGAACUUGGCUUAAGAAUGUUAAUCAACAUGGGAGUUAUUAUGCAUGUGAACGAUGCACUGCUGUUGGACAGUGGAUCGCCAACAGAAUGACAUACCAUCCUCAUGAAGAGACCUUACCUCGUACUGAUGAGUCACUAAGGAAGCAAACUGAUAGGAGGUAUCAUAAAGGUCCCACUCCCUUAACAGAGCUUGAGAACUUUUCUUUAAUCAGCCAAAUUCCACUGGAACCCAUGCACCUUUUAAAUCUUGGUAUAAUGCGCAGAAUUUUAACUGAGCUUUUGGGAACAAAGCGAAAUAACUGCCGAUUUAAAUUCUCUGACUUGUUGAAGUCCGUUGUAGAUAAUAUGUCAGAAUACAUUGCUCGAUUCUACCCAUCUGAUUUUGCUAGAAGACCUAGAAAGUGGAGUGACUAUGCUUUAUUUAAGGCUACUGAGCUUAGAAGAAUCCUCCUAUAUGAUGGUCUUCUUAUACUUAAAGCAAGAGGUGUAUCAAAGAAAGUGUAUCACAAUUACCUUCUUCUAUGUUGUGCAAUCAGAAUUUUAUCUGACCCAUUACUUGUUAGAGACUUUGCAGAUGAUGCUGCUGUUUUGUUAAAAAAGUUUGUUUCAGAUAGUGUGUUGGUUUAUGGACAAAAAUUUAAUGUUUAUAAUGUUCAUCACCUUGUUCACCUGUCAGAGGAAUGCAAACGGCAUGGUGACCUGGAAUUGUUCAGUGCUUAUAAAUAUGAGAAUCAUUUAGGUGUUUUGAAAAGGCUGUUGCAUGCUCCAGGUCGGACGUUAUCUCAGAUAGUUUGUCGGCUUCUAGAAGUAGUGAGUAAUAGACCACCAAAUGCCGAAGAGGUUCAACACGAAGUAAUUGUGUCUAGACCAUAUGAACUACCCGCCUCUUUGAAUCAUUUAGGUAAAGGAUUUAAUUCUUUGUCAAUUGUUAAAAGCAAAAUCACUCUUCUUUGUAACUCUUUCUUUCUUAGUUGUGAAAAAGAAGUAGUUCAGAUCUCUAAUAUUAUUAAAACUGAUGAAAGUUUCCUUCUUGUUGGCAAAAAAUUUAAACACCAGAUAGACUAUUUCACUCGUCCACUUCCCUCAAGUUGUCUUGAUAUUUACGAAGUUAGAAAACUAGGUGAGAGAGAAUUUUUCACUGUCAAUCAAGUGUUAAAGAAGUGUGUUGUUGUUCCCAUCCCUACUGAGAACCAUUUCCCAUCUAGUGUUUCUGAUGGGCCAUGCCUUGCUAUGUCUAUGCUCCAUGGUGGUGAUUAACUCCCUGAAGUACUUCCUACUGGUCUCAACUUUUCCACAUACAUACUAGUACUGUAC